AUGGGAACUUGCUCAAAUCGACCAGAACAUAAGUAAAUAUCAGAAAAUUUACGAUUAAAAGCUAUCAUGAUCUUCUAAAAAAUCGAUAUCCAUAACAAGGGGUAUAUUGACAAGGAGAGAACUUUGCAAUUUUGGUAAUCAAACUUUGCCAAAUUAAAUACGGAAGCCUUGUUUUCGUAAGUGGAUUACAAAAAAAGCGGAAACAUAACGGUUUAGGAAUGGUUAGCUUUUUGGGAUAUAGUGAAACAACAAGGUUAUACGGAAUAGGAAAUAUCAGAUGAAUUAGAUCAAUUGUAAGAGGGCAAAGCUUGGGUGUAAUUCUAUAAAGUAGAUGCCUACAUCAGAGCGGAUAGAGAGAGACAUAAGACCUAAAUCGAUUCUAUUGUUUAAAUGGAGAAAAAAACAUUGUAGAAAUCAAAGUCUUUUAAUUAUAAUUGA